UCGACAAUAAACUCUAAAUAUAUCAACGAAAAAUGAUCUAUGUGGAUGAAUGUUGCUGCUGCUUGGACCUCAAGUGCGGCUGCAUCUUGAUAGCGCUCAUUGAAGUGCUCAUACGUGGAGUGGAUCGCUUUUUUCUUGAGUAUGAUACUCUGCUGGGCCAUGCCGCGCUCAUUCUGAGUGGCGUCUAUGUCCUAAGCUGCAUCUUUCUGCUGCUCGGAGCUGUGAUGAGCUGGCGCGGGUGUCUUCUACCCUAUCUCUGGAUAGCCACUUUACGUUUGUUCGCCUUGAUCGGCGAGAGCUUCUACAUUUAUCGUUACACUGAUGACAUUAUCUAUGAGUAUUUAUAUUUCUACAUGUUCCAAGCGAUCUUAGGCUUGUACUUCUGGCUGGUGGUGUACUCAUUCUAUGAUCGAUUGAUACAAGUUUAGAGCCAAAGAUCAAGCUCCCACUCGCAUUCCCUGAUUCAAUUUUGUUUAUUGUUCUCUUAAUCCACAAAUGGAAUCCCCCACUCAUAAUCGUGUGUCAUG